GUAUUUCCAAAAACAAAAAACAGAGAAACAAAAAAAAAACAGAGAGAAGAAACCCUUCUUCUCUUAAACCCUAGUUUUUAGUUUUGAUUUUAGAUCUUUAUUUUUGUGUGUAAAAAUGGAGAGGAAUCUCGUGGGGUAUAGGUUUAGUCCUACGAAAGAGGAACUGAUCAACUAUUACCUCAAGAACAAGAUUCUUGGUCAACUAUUCGUAGACGAUGCCAUUAGCGAGAUCAACUUCUGUGAUUACGAUCCAAAGUCCUUGCCUUUGUUAUCGAAGCUGAAAACAAACGAUCUCGAAUGGUACUUCUUCUCUAUCAGGGAGUACUACGCACCUGAUAAGACGAAGAAGGGAACGAAGAGGACAACACCUAAUGGGUUUUGGAAAGUUACUGGUAAGCCUCAGGAGAUCAAAGACAAGAGAGGAUACGGUGAAGAAGCGAUCGGGAUCAAGAAGACGCUUGUGUACCAUCAAGGUAGAUCAGCGAAUGGUGUUAAGACCCCUUGGGUUAUGGACGAGUAUCACAUCACUUCCUGGCCUUUUAACCAGAGCAACUAUGUUAUCUGCAAAGUGAAGUACAAAGGUGUUGACGGAGACAGUUUAUUCGGUAAUAAGUCCUAUGAGUUAAACCACUCCACCAUAGUCUCUGUUCCCAAUACUGCCAGAGAGAUGAACACAACCCCCGAGGUUGAGCAACCAAGGGAAGAUCAUCUUGGUAUGUCUGUGGAUGAUUUGGAAAACCUACUGAACGAGCAAGAUGAUCCCUCUCUAUUCAAUACCGACACGUUUUUAAACAACAACUACUACCCUUACCAGCAGCCACAAGCUCCCUGCGAAGAUGAUUAUGUGCCUAGUUAUCUAGACAUCAUAAUGACGCAGCACCGCAACGAUCACAUGCCAAAGAAGCCUUUAACAGGGACCCUUACUGAUAAUAGCAGUGAUAGCGAUGAUGCUGAAUCCAUAUUUGCAACGAGUUACCAAGGAAUAUCAAGUCCAGAUAGCGUUCACAAUUCGAGUAGACACUUCCACCCUAUUGUAGACGAGAUUCCAGCGUUGAGGAAAGACUCCUGCAAAGAUACACAACCUCAUGCAGAAACUUCUAUUAAUAGAAAGACCCGGACAUCUCAUUUCACACGGCGCAUGGUACCAUCAAAACAAGAGGUGAAAGAAUGCAAGUCUAAAGCCGUUGAUGCAUCCAUGGACAAGAAGUCAUCAUCAUCUAUGGUGAAGACAGAGAAGAAGGGCUGGUUUAAUACAGAGGAAGCAAUGGACAAAACAAACUUCAAGAACACACAGUACAUCUACCUCAUGAACAUGAUCAUUGUCUUCAUCUUCUUGGUGGCUGUCGUUGGCAACAUCAUGUCGGGUUUACUAAGCGUCAAAACUUGAACUUGCUGAUGAAGUAUUGCGAGGAGAGGCAAAGCAGAUCGAUGGUCAGCAUUUAUUUUUAAUUGAUUUUCUUUUCUGAUUCUGUUUUUCUUUUGAAUGUGUAAUAAUAUUGUUUAUGUGUGUAUGUUUCACAAGAAAAAAAGUCUGUAUGUAUGAACAAUAGAUGAGAACUCAAUUGUUCCGGUGAACCUUUAUAUCUUACAAGUAUUUCUUGUGCCUUGAGGUAAAAGUGAAAUUUAGUAUACUCAACAUAGUGAAAAGUAUUUCUUGUACCUCAAGGCCUUUUAUAUAUAUAUCACUAAUCAAC